AAUACCUAUAUUGAAGGAUGAAUGUUUAUUAUUUUUGUUGAGAGAUUUUCAUUUUACUUAUAAAUAAAAUAAAACUCAAUAUUUCUGGAGAUAUGAAAUGGAACUAGUAUGAUGGGUCACAUUCCUAGAAUAUGAUUUUGGGAAGAGAUUUCAACACUAGAACACAUAUUAUAAAGGAAUUUAAAAAAUACUAAUAUAUGGUAAAUAGUAAGAUAUAAAAACAUGUAUAUAUGUGUUCUCUCUUUUCUGUCUCUCUUAGGAAUUUAGGAACUUAAGAGAGAAAAAAUGGUAGAAAGCAUUUGGGUCAGUAGUAGAAAAGAAAUUAUAUUUGUUGAAGAGGUUCACUACAGAUAAACUUGAUUAGAAGAAUUAAAUGAGGAGCUUGGGAAAUAGAUCACAAAACUGGCAUAGAAGUAUAUUAUUAUAAAAAUGGGAGACUUUGACUAUCCAAUUCUAGUAUUCUUUCUACCAAAAGCCAGAUAGCUAAUAAAUCUGUAAAAUGUUUAAAUGAUGAUUAAUAAUAAUAAAAUAUAGGCUAAAAACAAUAAGAACUGAUAACAAUAGUUAACAUUUAUCUUGUGCUUCAAGAUUUGCAAAGUGGUUGACAUGCAUCAUCUCACCGACCUGAUCUGACAAACAAGGCGGCUUUACUAAAAAUGACAGGAAUCUUGGGGGCAAGUGACUGCUUCAUGACAGUUUGCGACAGUGAAAGUUUUGUUUUUUUUAAAGACAGUCUAAUGUACACCCUAGAUUUUAGGAGAACAGAUUAUAGAGCUCAGGAAAAGGACAGGACAAACGUAAUGGCCCAAAACUUUCUAGGAUGUGAAAUUCUCAAGAAAAAGAUUCUGAAGCCAAAAGCAGAAACUAUUCUUAAGAUGAAGAAAAGGGCAAUUGCCUAAAGAUCCUGCUAUGUUUACAGAGCGAACAUACUGAAAAGCUCAGAUUUUUAAAAGUGUUGAAAAUUAAAACAUAAACACGCAACGAGGAACUAAAGAGAAAAGCACAGUCCGAUCAACACGGUGUACAAACAGAUAAUGGAAACGAAAGGUACGGAAUGUUACGCAUUUUCAGAUAUAAGCACCUUAUGAGAAGCUUUGUUUUUCCUUAUUGAUGUACAUUUGUUAGUACGGUUUGGUUUUCUUUUGUAUGUUUGUUUUCAAUGAGGGAAGGAGGGGAUACCUAGAAGGGAAAGAAGACAGAAAAGAAAAGCUACCGGGGCUUUAAAAGCACUUCCGGUCCCAGAGGCUCCUCCCAGAGGCCCCUCCGUGUAUUUCCGGUGUUGGUCACAACAACUCCUUAACUGCUCCCUCAGAGGUUCUCUUCCAGGCCGGCCCCGCCCAGCUUCUCAGUCAGGAAUCCCUUUUCUAUCAGGCUGAGCAGUUCCUUUACCCCUCCCCCACAUCAGUUUGCCUGGCUUGGCUCCCUGCAGUGGUCUGGGGGAGGGGCGCAGAAGCCUGCAGGCUGCCCCAGAAGGCCCGCAGCAGAGCAGUCCGACCACCAGGGGACGCUCUUUUCUCCCAGUAAAUACCCCGCACGUGCUGCGGUCAGCCCCAGCCCAGCAGGGCCCGAAGAUGAGGGAGAUCAAAAUUGAAAGCUGCCCUGAGAAAUUCAGCCAGGAAGAAUGCCAAGGCCCGGCUACAGAUGGAUAAGCUUCGGCCCUUGCACUGGGAUCUGCUCAAGGUCCCUGAUCAGCUUCAGCCCCGAGACCCCAGCUGCAAAAAGCAACUUUCCAACAAAGGUUAUUCAUGAAAAAGCCUGUCAGAAGCAACUUGGUUCCCCCUGAUGCGCGCAUCAGUCUUUUUCAAUAAAGGGCCUGUUCGUGUCUGAUUGCAUUGUCCGUGGUCUUCCAUGAUGGUGGGUGAAUUCCGGGACCUUAACAAAGAGGGGGGGGAGUCGGGGGUCGGUGCUUUUCUGGGAGCCCCGGGGUGAUGGGGGAGGGGCUAAUUCUUCCAUCUAAUUCCUCCGUGCCUUCCACCCCUGCCCUCUGUGGCUGGGGCUCCCUGGCCCUGAAGGCCGAGAAAAAGACGCUUGGAGAUCCCCGUCCUAAAGUGUCCACUGAGGCCCCUCCAACGGGCCGAGCAGCUGGGGCUGAGGCUGUGGCCAGCUCACGAGACCGUCAAACUCCUGGCCUGGAGUAAGAGCAACUCUCUCUCCUCCCUCUCCAUCCCUCUGCACUGCGGCUCGGGGUCCGAGGAGAGGGCGCGGAGGCCCGGGGGAGGGGGGGGCCGCUUUCGGAAAACAGCGCUCCGGGGGCCCGGCUGAGCGCCCCCUCGGUGCCCCCGGUGAGGGCGCAGGCUGUGGCCUCGGCUCCGGCUCCGAAGGGCUCCCGAGCUUGUCCCCGCGGCCGCAGCUGCUCUUCUCCGGGCCAUCGCCUGUUCUGGGCGCAGCAUCCCGGCCGCGCCCCUGCGGGACCUCCAGGUGCCCAGUGGUCGGGGGCGGGGCGAAGGGGGCGCGGCAUGACCCGCGGGAAGCCAGAAGCCAGGCCGUCUCUCCCUCUACUUCCGGCGCUCCUCCCUCUGGCUCCCAGCUCUGGCUCUGGGAAGUUCUCUCAGCGCAGACUAAGCUCCGCCCCCCCCGGCCCCGCCCCCGCCUCAGACCCUGCCCCUUCCUUUCCUCCCCUCUAAUCCUCCCUAGGCUGAGUCUGAGAAGGGAGGCGGAGUUAGAGGAGCGAGCAGGGGGCGGAGGGAGACGGGGAGGGGCGGAGGCGGGAGCCUGAGAAAGGAGAGCGGGUAAAAGGGAUGCUGAGAAGAGGCGGGUGAUGCGGGGGAAGGCGAAGCCGGAGGAGGCUGCGGGAAAGGAGUAGAGAAAGCAGGGAAGCGGGGAGGAUGCCGGGAAGAAGGAAACCGCGUGAUGGCCGGGGAGAGGCUCCAGGAAGCCUCACUGGGCAGAAGGGGGCUUCCUUGACAGGCUACGGAGAAAGGGAGCCCGACACCAGAAAAGGCCCGGAACUGGCUGGACCGGACCAGGAACCCCCUUCGGACCUCCUUCCGGCGUCUUCCUGACUGGCUUCGGGAAGCAGCGCCAGAGAAAGUCCCCAUCGCAGCACCAGAGCCCACCUGGAGAUCGAUCUGCUACCCAGAAUGCCCCGCGCGGUGCCCUCGCGCCCCCCUCCUGCCUGGCACAAACCGGGAAUGCAGAGACCGCGAGGAAAGCGCAGCGCCCCGAGCUGUAUUAGGAGAGAGAAGAGCUGGGAACUGGGGACGCCGGAGGCCCCGGCAGCCUUUUCCGUCUUUCCGAAAGCCAGGAGACCGGAGCGCCCAAAAGUGAGCAGGAUUGCACAGGAGGUGGUGACCUUCCAGGAUGUGGCUGUGGACUUCACUGGGGAGGAGUGGCGCCUCCUGUCCCCUCCCCAGAAGGAGCUGUACAGGGAGGUGAUGCUGGAGAAUGCCCGGAACCUGCUCUCUCUGGGGCUUCAAGCUCCCCAAGAAGAUGUGAUCUCUUCUUUGGAGCAGAGGGAAGCCCCAUGGAUGCUGGAGCAAGAAGGUCUAAUGAGCUGCUGCCCAGGAGAGAUCAUACCUGAAAUGAAGGAGAAUCCAACAGAGAUGAGCCCUUCUUUGGAAGAAAUGGAACUACAAAGAUUCAUAAAUGAUAGUCCUAAUAAGUUUGCUUUCAGAGAAUUCUGUAUUGCACCUCAAAAUUCAUCUCAUAUUGAACAUCAAAGAAUGCACACUGAGGAAAAAUCUAGUGUAAUUAGUGAGUGUCAAAAAACUUUUAUGCACAGGGCCAGUCUUGCUGUACAUCAGAGAAUCCACACUAAAGAUAGACCUUAUGAAUGCAAAGAAUGUGAAAAGACAUUCAGUCAGAGCUCCAGUCUUGUUGAACAUCAGAGAAUCCACACAGUUGACAAACCUCAUAAAGGCAAGCAGUUUGGAAAGACAUUCAGUCAUAGUGACAGACUUGCUGAACGUCAGAAAAUUCAUACGGGUGAGAAACCUCAUGAAUGCAAGCAGUGUGGAAAGACAUUCACAAAUAACUCCAAUCUUGCUGUACAUCAGAGAAUUCACACUGGGGAGAAACCUUAUGAAUGCAAGCAGUGUGGAAAGACAUUCAGUCAGAGUUCCACUCAUGCUGUACAUCAGAGAAUUCACACUGGGGAGAAACCUUAUGAAUGCAAGCAGUGUGGAAAGACAUUCAGUCACAGCUCUUGUCUUGCUAAACAUCAGAGAAUUCACACUGGGGAGAAACCUUAUGAAUGCAAGCAGUGUCAAAAGGUAUUCAGUCACAGUUCUUGUCUUACUAAACACCAGAGAAUUCACACUGGGGAGAAACCUUAUGAAUGCAAGCAGUGUGGAAAGACAUUCAGUCAGAGUUCCACUCGUGCUGUACAUCAGAGAAUCCAUACUGGGGAGAAACCUUAUGAAUGCAAGCAGUGUCAAAAGGUAUUCAGUCACAGCUCUUGUCUUGCUAAACACCAGAGAAUCCACACUGGGGAAAAACCUUAUGAAUGCAAGCAGUGUCAAAAGGUAUUCAGUCACAGCUCUUGUCUUGCUAAACACCAGAGAAUCCACACUGGAGAAAAACCUUAUGAAUGCAAACAGUGUGGAAAGACAUUCAGGGAGAUCUCCAGUCGUGCUGUACAUCAGAGAAUCCACACUGGUGAAAAGCCUUAUGAAUGCAAGCAGUGUGGAAAGACAUUUACAAAUAACUCCAAUCUUGCUGUACAUCAGAGAAUCCAUACUGGGGAGAAACCUCAUGAAUGCAAGCAGUGUGGAAAGACAUUCAGACAAAGCUCUUGUCUUGCUAAACAUCAGAGAAUCCACACUGGGGAGAAACCCCAUGAAUGCAAACAGUGUGGGAAGACAUUCAGACAGAGCUCUUGUCUUGCUAAACAUCAGAGAAUCCACACUGGGGAGAAACCCCAUGCAUGCAAGCAGUGUGGAAAGACAUUCAGGGAGAUCUCCAGUUGUGCUGCACAUCAGAGAAUCCACACUGGGGAGAAACCUCAUGAGUGCAAGCAGUGUGGAAAGAUGUUCACAAAUAACUCCAAUCUUGCUGUUCAUCAGAGAAUCCACACUGGGGAGAAACCUUAUGAAUGCAAGCACUGUGGAAAGACAUUCAGGCAGAAGUCCACUCAUACUACACAUCAGAGAAUCCACACUGGGGAGAAACCUCAUGAAUGCAAACAGUGUGGAAAAACAUUCAGGCAUACGUCUCAUCUAGCUAGACACCAGAGAAUCCACACUGGGGAAAAACCUCAUGAAUGCAAGCAGUGUGGAAAGACAUUCAUAAGUAACUCCCAUCUUGCUGUUCAUCAGAGAAUCCACACUGGGGAGAAACCCCAUGAAUGCAAGCACUGUGGAAAGACAUUCAGGAAGACCUCUGCUCUUGCUGACCAUCAGAGAAUCCACACUGGGGAGAAACCUUAUGAAUGCAAGCACUGUGGAAAGACAUUCAGGCAGAGUUCCACUUGUGCUGUACAUCAGAGAAUCCACACUGGGGAGAAAUCUUACGAAUGCAAGCAGUAUAGAAAGACAUUCAGGCAGAGCUCUGCUCUUGCUGAACAACCAGAGAAUCCACACUGUGGAGAAAUCUUAUGAAUGCAAGUAGUGUCAAAAGGCAUUCAGUUGCAGCUCUAAUCUUGCUGUACAUCAGAGAAGCCAUACUGCAGAGUAUUCUUAAGAAUAUAAUAGAUGAGUAAAAAGAUCUCAUAAAACAUAA